AAGUCCAUAAUUGUUAUUUCCAGCGACUCCAUUCGGCCAGGCGCCAGUGCUGGAGAUCGAUGGCAAGAAAUACGCCCAGAGUUUGGCCAUCGCUCGUUACCUCGGCCGCAAGUAUGGGCUGGCCGGCGCGACUCCCGAGGAGGACCUCGAAAUCGACAUGUACAACGAUUUCGUGAACGACAUCCGUGCGAAGGCUGCCAGCGUACAGUAUGAGAGCGACGAAGUGUUAAAAGAGAAGAAGCACGAGGACUUCUCUAAGAAUGUGUACCCGGCUAUGCUCAGCAAGCUCAACGAAAUCGUCGGCCAGAACAACGGACAUAUCGCUGUUGGAAAGCUGACGUGGGCAGACUUCGUAUUCGCGGGUAUGUACGACUACCUCAAGAUGAUGCUGCGGAUCCCCGACCUCGACACCAAGUACCCUAACCUCAAAAAGGUCGUCGAUAACGUGUACUCGCUGCCUCAACUGAAGGCAUACCUGGCUGCCGCACCCAAAUGCGAUUUCUAAGUCACAGGCUUAAGGAUUAGAAUCGUGUUCACGGUCCUAGCGUAAACUUAUAUGACUACAGCAUAGUUCUUGGCAGUUUGGAACUCAAGGAGCAAGAUUCGCUAGUGACUGAAUCAUUUAGUCGAAGUCGAACAGUCUAAAUUAUAUGAGAAGCCUUCUAAUAAAAGCGCUCUAUUUGGUGCUAAUUGCUAACGCCUUUUUUUGUUAAUUUUACUCUGUAGCGCAGUUACAUAGAUACUCAACGUAAAUGAGUUAUUUGGGUACAUUUCACGUAUUUCUUUAAGGUACGCUCGAGAAUUCUUAUAAGAUAAAUGUUUUUCAGUAUUUCAUUUAAGAAACUGUAUUACUAUAUUUUAUUUUUGCAUGUAUUACUGUCCAGCACAAACGUGUAUAACGCUUUUGUGUGUAUUUUAUCACUUAAGGUUAUUAUAAACAGUGUAUUACAAAGUAUUUCUACAGCAUUUAUAAUACAUAAGAAUAUUUUCUGAUGUACCCAGUGCAAUGUUUGAAGUGCCUACCUAUUUUAAUAAAAUAUUAUAAUUACA